UCACAAUGACGCCAGUAGUGGUUUUGUUGUUCAUUUUUUCUCAGACAUGUCUAAGUCAGCCGCCUCCGCCACAGACUGCAGUUCCUGUCAAUUCUGCAUCUCCCGCUAAUCCGGCAGGUCCAGUCCCUCAAGUGCAGACACCGGUUUCACCAAUCUUCUGCAAUUUCCAAAAUGCCGCAUUAUUCUGGAGACAGUUUCUCUUGAACUUCCUGAACCUCAAGCAGCAAUGGUUAAAUCAAGGUAGUUCUCCAUUACCACAAACUGCAGCUUCAACUGUAGCUCAGGCACAGCAGCCGUGGCAACAACAACCAUUGCAACAACAAAACUGGCAACAACAAGUUUACCAGCCCACCAUAACUCCAGUGGUUCAACAAGUGCCUCAGGCUACAUACCCUUACCCUCAGACCACACAAGUGCAACAACCAACACCAGUUCAAGCUCAAGCUGCGCCAGCGGUAUACCAAACUCCUCAGCAGUAUCCAGUACAACCACAAGCUCAGCCUGGUUUUGCAACACAGUUUGUACCAGAUCCAAAUCAGCAGAAUCCGGUUAACCAAGUGGCGACUCAAUCACAAGGAGUUGUUCAACCUCAAACUCAACCAACAGAACCUCAAGCAUUACCACCCCCACAACCAGCCCCACCACAGCCCCAGCCCAUAGCACCUCAACCAGGAACUAUCCAACCUCAACAAGGACCACCACAAGCUCAGCCAGGAGCAACCCAAGGUCAACUAGUAGCGCCCCAACCACAACAGGUAGUAGCACCCCAAGUACAAACAGUAGCAUCCCAAACUCAAAGCCAAUUACCACAGCUCGUGUCACAAAAUCCAAAUCAGCAAUAUCCGGUCCAACAAGUGGUGACUCAACCGCAAGGAGUUUCUCAGCCUCAAACUCAACCACCUCAAACUCAACCAGUGGCAGCUCAACCUCAAUCUGGAACGCCUCAACAAUCACCAUCCCCACAACCAGUGGCGAAUCAACCACAAGGAGGUUUUCAACCUCAAACUCAACCACCAUUAGCACCCCAAGCACAGCAAACUCAACCACCAAUAGCACCCCAAGCGCAGCAAACUCAACCACCAAUAGCACCUCAACCACAGCAAAAUCAACCAGUAGCAGCUCUACCUCAAUCUGGAAUGCUUCAACCAUUACCUCCUUCACAACCAGCAGUGCCACAGCCCCAACCCAUAGCACCUCAACCAGGAACACCUCAGCCUCAACAAGGGGCAUCCCAAGUUCAAGGCCAAUUACCACAGCUAGCGCCUCAAAAUCCAAAUCAGCAAUCACAACAAGGGUGGGCUCAACCUCAACCUGUUACACCCCAACCUCAACAAGGGGUACCCCAAGUUCAAGGACAAUUACCGCCUCAAAAUCCAAAUCAGCAAAAUCUUGUUCAAACUCAACCAGGUCUGGUUCAAUCUCAACAAGGGUGGGCUCAACCUCAACCUGUUACACCCCAACCUCAACAAGGAGUUCCUCAGCAGUACCCUGUUCAAUCCCAAGGCCAACAAAAUGUUUAUCAACAACCACCUUAUCAAGCGCCUUACCAGCAACAAUCUCAACAAGGUCAACAAUAUCAAGCAGCCCCUCAGGGGUACCCAGUGGCAGCACAACAACAACAGGCCUACCAACCCAUUCAGCAACAGGCAUACCAACCACAGGCAUACCAACCUAUCCAACAACCAGCAGCGCAACAGGCCGGAUAGCUUUUGCAAAGUUCACAAACUUAUAAACUCAACAGAAUAACUUGUAAGGUAACGAUUCGUCAAGGUUUACCACAGAUAGACCUCAUCUUAUAAAUACGAUGUUCUAUGUCCAUCAGGGCUUGACAGGUUGGAAAAAGGUUAGAGAUUAAUUUAAUAUAUUUCUGGAGAUAUCUGAAUCUUAUCAGUGGAUAAGCUGUUCAUGUAAAAUGUCGCUUUGGUUUUGUUCAAUUGUUAAUUUAAUAUUGAAUAAGUUUAUAUUAACAAAAAUAUUUAUUACUUAUUAAGCUGUGACAAUUAUCUUCGAUUUUAAUUGGAGAUAGCACUCACAAAUAAUCCGUUUAUUAGUGUUUUGAGCAAUAUUUUAUCGCUUUGUUAAUGACCUAUUAGUGAUCAAAUUAUUGUACACACCAAAUUUUUCGUCAUAUCUCUCACUCUUCCUUGUAGUGGAUUAUGAGUAUCGGCUACUAUAGCAUCUUAAUAUGACACGAAUAUUUAGCUAACGACAUUACCAGAUACUAGUCCUAGUUUUAAUGCUUAAACCAUCAAUCGACAGGAAACGUUCUAAAGCUUAUGAUCCAUUGGCAAUUUUAUUCAACCCUAGGUCUGUAAAAUCCUUAUUUUGAAAAAAAAAAGAUUUUCCCUCAAUUAAAAUCAAACCAAAACAAUUUAGUCAGUAUUAAUAUAAGGUUAUCGUUUCACUAUUUUAGUUUUAUUUUUUUAGGCAGAUGUUUAGUUUGAAGUUGAGUGUUCAAAUAUAAACUGCCUACUAUAAAAAUUACACUUAACGUUAUACUUCAGUGAUUUGUCUGUCUUGUUUUGUAUUUACCAUUGCAGAAAUAUCAGCACAUUGAUAUUAUCUUACUGGAUAAGUUUUUACUAAAUCAAAAAAUUGUGAGAUUGUAUUUAAUAAUGAUUAA